GCAGGGGUGGGGCCCGGGAGCCGCCAGACGCCCUGACGGGCGGGGGCACGUCAGCACGAGCUUCGCCGGUUGCCGGGAGAACCCAUAACAACAAAAGGCGCGGGCGGCGGCGGUGGCUGCGGCGCGGCGGAGUGAAGUGAAGCCGAGAAGUCCUGCGCUGCGCUGGCCGCCUGAGACGGGCUUUCUCGAACCGGGGUCCAGAUCUUACGUAAAAUGGAUGUGUCUCACACUAGAUGAUGGAUAUUAAGUAGAAAAUCUAUUUAGUAAAAUCUAAGCUGCUAUGGAAGAAAUACCAGUUAAAGUUGCUAUAAGAAUUAGACCUCUGCUGUGCAAAGAAGUUCUUCAUAAUCAUCAAGCUUGUGUGAGAGUUAUUCCAAACACCCAACAAAUUAUCAUUGGGAGAGAUAGAAUCUUUACUUUUGAUUUUGUUUUUGGCAAAAAUUCCACUCAAGAUGAAGUUUAUAAUACCUGUAUAAAGCCAUUAGUGUUGUCACUCAUUGAGGGCUAUAAUGCAACCGUUUUUGCCUAUGGACAGACUGGAUCUGGGAAGACAUACACCAUCGGAGGAGGCCAUGUUGCUUCAGUUGUGGAGGGUCAAAAAGGUAUCAUUCCUCGUGCUAUCCAAGAAAUAUUUCAAAACAUCUCUGGAAAGCCUAGCAUUGACUUUAAUAUAAAAGUGUCUUAUAUAGAAGUAUACAAGGAAGACCUAAGAGAUCUUCUAGAAUUGGAGACAUCAGUAAAAGAUCUUCACAUCCGAGAAGAUGAAAAGGGAAACACAGUGAUUGUUGGGGCCAAGGAAUGCCAGGUGGAGAGUGCAGAUGAAGUGAUGAGUCUCCUGGAGAUGGGAAAUGCAGCCAGGCAUACGGGUACGACCCAAAUGAAUGAGCACUCCAGUAGAUCACACGCAAUUUUCACCAUCAGCCUUUGUCAAGUGGACAAAAAUAGAAAGGCAGCUGAAGAUGGAUCAUGGCAUUCCCAUCGGCAUAUUGUCUCAAAGUUCCACUUUGUGGAUUUGGCUGGAUCAGAAAGAGUAACCAAAACGGGGAAUACUGGUGAACGUUUCAAAGAAUCCAUUCAGAUCAACAGUGGGUUGCUCGCUUUAGGAAAUGUAAUAAGUGCUCUUGGAGACCCACGCAAGAAGAGUUCACAUAUUCCAUACAGGGAUGCUAAAAUUACCCGGCUUCUGAAAGACUCCCUGGGAGGCAGUGCCAAGACCGUCAUGAUCACUUGUGUCAGCCCAUCCUCCUCAGAUUUUGAUGAGUCCUUAAAUUCUCUCAAAUAUGCUAACAGAGCACGCAACAUUAGAAACAAACCCACCUUAAACUUUAGCCCUGAGUCAGACCGUAUGGACGAAAUGGAAUUUGAGAUUAAGUUGCUUCGAGAAGCUUUGCAAAGCCAGCAGGCUAGUGGCAGCCAAACUAGCCAGAUCCAUCAGGAGGGAACUCCUGAUAAAAAUAAGAUCCAUUCUCUUGAGGAGCAAGUCACUCAGCUACAAGGAGAAUGUCUGGGUUACCAAAACUGUUUAGAGGAAGCCUUUACCUUUCUGGUGGAUUUAAAAGAUUCUGUGAGACUAAAUGAAAAGCAGCAACACAAACUGCAGGAAUGGUUUAACAUGACCCAGGAGGUCACCUUGUUCAGAGGACACCGGGCCGUUGGAAACCUGGAAGAAGGACCACAGCAUAUUACAGUUCUCCAGCUGAAGCGAGAGCUUAAGAAAUGCCAGUGUGCUCUUGCUGCUGAUGAAGUAGUAUUUAAUCAGAAGGACUUGGAGGUGAAGGAGCUAAAGAAUCAAGUGCAAAUGAUGGUGCAGGAAAACAAAGGACAUGUUGUUUCUUUGAAAGAAGCACAAAAAGUGAAUAGAUUACAGAAUGAAAAAAUAAUAGAACAACAACUUCUUGUGGAUCAACUGAGUGAAGAACUAACAAAACUUAACCUGUCAAUGACUUCUUCAGUAAAGGAAACUUGUGGAGAUGGGCCAGAUACCAGGAUACUUGAAAAGAGACCAUACACUGUACCAUUUGAUACUCGUUUGGGGCAUUAUAUUUAUAGUCCAGCAAGAUUGGAUUCCAGGAAGGUCCACACAAGCCCUUCUGUAUACUCUCUGGAUCGACUAGUUGCGGGAUUUCGAACACAAAGUCAGAUGCUGCUGGGUCACUUAGAAGAACAGGAUGAAGUCCUCCAAUGCCAAUUUUCUGAUAACAGUGAUGAUGAAGAGUCAGAAGGCCAAGAGAAAUCUGAAAUUAGACGUAGAAGUUGUUCAUGGAUUCAGAAGCCAGGCUCUGUUUGUUCACUUGUUGAAUUGAAUGAUAUUCAGGAUCAAACACAAAAGUCAGGAUUGGAGAAUGAAGAUUUAAAGAUUGAAUGUCUCCAGGAGAGUCAAGAGUUGAAUUUGCAAAAAUUAAGAAAUUCAGAACUCAUACUUACUGAAGCUAAACAAAAAAUGAGAGAACUUACUAUUAACAUCAAGAUGAAGGAAGAUCUGAUUAAAGAAUUAAUUAAAACAGGUAAUGAUGCCAAGUCAGUAAGCAAGCAGUAUUCUCUGAAAGUAACAAAACUUGAACAUGAAGCAGAACAGGCAAAAGUGGAAUUAACUGAAACAGAAAAGCAACUACAGGAACUGGAAAACAAAGAUCUUUCUGAUGUUGCUUUGAAGGUAAAAUUACAGAAGGAAUUCCGUAGAAAGAUGGAUGCCGCUAAGCUAAGAAUCCAGGUCUUACAGAGAAAGCAUCAAAAUAGUAAGAAAUUGGCGUCACUGUCAAUCCAAAAUGAGAAACGUGCUAAUGAACUAGAGCAGAAUGUAGAUCACAUGAAAUAUCAAAAGGUACAGCUGCAAAAAAGACUUCGAGAAGAAAACGAAAAAAGGAAGCAACUGGAUGCAGAAAUUAAGCGGGAUCAACAAAAAAUCAAAGAACUGCAGUUAAAAACAGAACAGAAAGAUCUAAAACUGAAAGCUGAGGACCUUGAUGCGUUUAAGGUGAAAAAGAGAAAAGGUUCAUUUGGAAGUAUAGACCAACUCCAGAAAUUGGAUAAACAAAAGAAAUGGUUAGAUGAAGAAGUAGAGAAAGUUCUGAAUCAACGCCAAGAAUUAGAGGAGCUGGAAGAAGACUUAAAGAAACGGGAGGCCAUAGUUUCAAAGAAGGAGGCCCUGUUACAGGAGAAGAGCCACCUGGAAAGUAAGAAGUUGCGAUCUAGUCAGGCUUUGAACACAGACAGUUUAAAAAUAUCAACUCGCCUGAGCUUGUUGGACCAAGAGUUGUCUGAAAAGAAUGUGCAGCUCCAGAGCAGCACAGCUGAGGAGAAAAUAAAGAUUUCAGAACAAGUACAGGCCCUCCAGAGAGAAAAGGAUCAGCUGCAGAGACAAAGAAACAGCGUGGAUGAGAAACUUAAAAAUGGUACCGUGUUGUCACCUGAAGAAGAACAUGUUCUUUUCCAACUUGAAGAAGGGAUUGAAGCUUUGGAAGCCGCAAUUGAAUACAAGAAUGAAAGUAUCCAGAGUCGCCAGAACUUGCUCAGAGCUUCAUUUCAAAACCUCUCUCGUAGUGAAGCAAAUGUCUUAGAAAGACUAAUUUGCCUGAGUCCUGUUGAGAUUAGAGCUGUUCUUUUCAGAUAUUUCAAUAAGGUGGUUAAUUUGCGAGAAGUUGAACGGAAACUAAAGUUACAGAAUGAAGAAAUUAAAAUGAAAGUUCUGGAACGGGAUAAUGUGGUUCGUGAGUUAGAAUCUGCACUGGAACAUCUGAAAUUUCAGUGUGACCGGAGACUGAUCCUCCAGCAAAAAGAACACGAGCAAAAAAUGCAGCUGCUGUUACAUCAUUUCAAAGAGCGAGAUGGGGAAGGCAUUGUGGAAACUUUAAAAAAUUAUGAAGAUAAAAUCCAGCAGCUGGAAAGAGAUCUAUAUUUCUAUAAGAAAACCAGCAGAGAUCUGAAGAAGAAACUCAAGGAACUGAUAGGGGAAGCAUUUCGGCGGCAACUAGUACCAUCAGAAAAUCAUGAUGCUGGAGAUGGAGUUCAGAACCCAGAAAAAGCCGGCCUGGCUUCAGAAGAAUUAAAAUGGGCAUCCAGAACUGAAAGUAUGAAAUUAAGUGGAAGGGAAAGACAAUUAGACAGUUCCACAAGCAGUUUAAGAACACAGCCAAAUCCUCAGAAGCUCUGGGAAGAUGGCCCAGAAUUACCUCCAAUGUAUAGCUCUGUAGCACCCACUGGUGGGCAUUUGUUAAGCAGUGAGGACAAAACCGAAAUAGAUGAAAAUCAGUUUACAAAAUCUAACAGUCGACCAUCAACCCAAAUUCAGCCAGUCAGAAAUGUCGGACAGCUGCAUGGUGUCACACCUGUAAAGUUGUGUCGCAAAGAGUUACGCCAAAUUUCUGCCUUGGAACUAUCAUUACGACGUUCCAAUCUUGGAGCUGGGGUUGGAUCUAUGACUGCUGAUUCCCUUGAAGUAGCUAGGAAAGUGAGUGACUUAAAAACCUAGGCAUUUAAAAAGAAAAACUUUAAUUUAGAAGAUGUGUAAGAUUCCUUUUUCUAACCUGUUAAAAAUUAAAUUUUAAGUUCACUAGCUCUUCCCUCAGGAUAAAGAAGAAGGAGAGGAAGGAAUCCUUUUGUAUACUGUGAAUGUGUGUUUUCUUCCAAGAUUGUUUUGCUCUAAUUAUUAUAUAAACUUCAGUCUGGAAUUAAGAACUAAAUACUGAUUUGCCCAACAAAUACAGCUUGUACAUUUUCAUAUUUUUCAAUCACAAAAAAUAUCCCAUUUUAUUAUUUUGUUACUUAUGUUAUUUUUGUUAGUUUUUCAAACUUUCACUUGUAAAAUAAAGCUUUUUCUUUAACUAACUAAUGUUUGAGUGGAACAGCAGCAAAAUCACCCUGAUUUACAGAAGUCUGCUCCGUUAGAGUAACCCACUUUCUUACUGACUCCAAUUUUUCUUAUCUGAUGCUGCUAAUGUUUUCUUUUGUUCUUUCUUCUGUUGCUAUUGACCCUGACCAUCUUACCUGGCACCCAAACUGUUGUCCUGUGCUCAAAGACUUCUAAUUUCUAGCCCCUAGGGAGUAGGAUUCCUUGGUCCCACUGGUAAAAACCAGUUCCUAUAGGAAAAGAAAAUCAAACCAAAACUAACUUCUAAAUUGGUGAAUAGUUUUUGUAUCUCUAAAGUAUGGUAUUAAAAAUAAAUUAUGGAUUAAAUAGACUUCUGUGGACUUAACUGGGAAUGGAACCAUAAUAUAUAAUGUUGGCCAAUUAGAAACUGCUUCAUCCAACAAAUUAACAAACGAAGUUAGAAAUUUAAUUUGUAACAGAGCCUAUUUGAAGCCAGACUGGUUUUAAGCCAGGUUGGUUUUUUUUUUGUCUUUGGUUUGUAUGAUAUAUGCUUAAUAUAUACCAUAUAUAAUGUGUGAUAUAUGUGUAUUGUUUUGCUAAGUCAUAUCCAACUCUUUUGUGACCCCAUGGACUGUAGCCCACCAGGUUCCUUUGUCCAUGAGAUUUCCAGGCAAGAAUAUUGGAGGGGUUGCCAUUUCCUUCUCCAGGAGAUCUUCCUGACCCAGGGAUUGAACCCACAUCUCCUGCGCUGGCAGGCAGAAUCUUUACCACUGAGCCACAGGGAAGACUGCUAUGUGUAUAAAAUGGCACAAGGCCAGUGUCUUAAAAAAGCAUAUCAAUCAUAUGUUUAAUAAUAAGUACAGGUUUAUUAAUGAAGGUCCUAAUUUUAAAUUCCUUAUAAGAUUAAGUACUACUUAGAAAUAAUUCAUAUAAGAAUAUAUUUUAACUUUGGAAUUCUGCUGCCUGCCCAAGAAAUUGACACAUACUUGUUUUACCUGUGGAAAUACAAAUGCAUUUUCUAAAAGCCAGCUCACUAACAAAACAAUAAAAUUUAUAUUAAACCAACAAUGAGUAGAUUUAAUAAUGCAAAUGUGAACUGACUUCUAAAUAACAAAUAUAUAAUUUUUCCCCUUUUUGGUUAAACAUAUAUCCUUUAUGUGCUAUGAUGGAUUUCAUGUACAUACUCAAACACACAUGUUAAGAAUGACCUGAAUAAUAUAUUCUAGGAAUGAAACUUUUGUCUUUCUAUUUAGUCAGUGCACUUACAAAGGAAACAAAAUUUUAAGGCACCUCCCCAAAAGCAAGUACAAUUUUUCUUACAUACACCACUAAUAAAUUUUACUCUUAUUUCACAUGCUGUCCUUAAGUCUGAACAUUUUGUCAUUGUGUUUGCCUUCUUGCAUGUGUAUGAAAUAUGUGGGGUUCUUUUGUUCAUUAUAUUUUUUCCACCUAUAACAGCAUUUGGAAAGAAAGAUAUUUGCCUCCAUAAAGUACUAGUUCCUUCCCUAACUCCAGAGUGUUGUAGAUAACGGGUUGGAGAACUCUGAAUAUGGGAACCAAGAGUAGCAAGAACAUCAUUGAAGGUGCUUUUGUGCUUUAAUGUUUGUUUUCUUUUGCUAAUGUUUUUUUCCCCCUCAGUUCUUCAUAUCUUCAUGAAGUCAGGGUCCAAGAAGUCAGCAAAAUAUAUAUAUAUAUAUGAUCUUCCGUAAUGUGGACUUGAUUGCCAUUGGCUUGUUUGUAACAGCCCAGGUCAAUAAAGUGAUAAAUGCUAAUUUAAG